CGCCAAUUCAUCCCAGGCGAUUUCAAAUAUUUUCUUUUACUCAAUGGUUGGGCGUUCUGUUACUUCCCCAUGCUAAUUGACGUUAAUUUGCGGCGCAUAUCUCUCGGGUUUCACGCAUGUAAUCGGAUGUGCAUUUCUUCCGGACAGUACCUUCCGUUCCCGCGACACCAGCAUCCAUCUUGCUAUUACGGAGUGAGGCGAGAAAGAGAAUGGGGAAAGAGGACCACUUUUUCGUUCGUGAACGAGCGGCGGAAAGAGGAAAGAACGGGGUUCAAGGCUGAGCAAGAGGGUUCGAAGGAAGAGAAGGGAAGGCAGACGGAUGGAAUAGAAGAGAGAGGACCUGAAGAGAUGGCGAAGGAGGAGACUGUUGGCGGGACCGUGGAACCAGAUGGGGCACAUUAUCUUCAGGAUUUCUUUACACCAUCCCUUACCCGAGGUGUGCCCAAACAAGCGGUGCUUCAGGCCACGUCAUCGCAGGAACCUAUUGCCAUCGGUAAUGGGAAUGACCAACAUGACUAUGAUCCAUUCGAGUUCAUCCUUUCAUCGAACGAAAGCCCAGAUGCUUCAGACUCAGCCCUGCCUGCCGAAACAGCUCUUUCGCUUCCAAACGAGACGGACUCCGACAACCCUCACCGAGAAGCUCCAAGCGGCCCAGAAACAGAAGUCCACAGUAUUGAUGCUGAAUCGGUCCCAGAUGACCCCGUAGUCAUCGCGAUGAAAGCGCCCGAGACUCUGAAACCUGACGUCUGUGAUGGACCACUGCCCGGCCAAGCGAGCCAUGCCGACCACGUCGUUGAUGCGCGUCCAUAUAAGGAGACCACGAGCACUGAUCCGCCUUCUUCCCUGCCAUUUCAAGUAGGAAGAAAGACUCGCAGAGCCAGCGAAAUUAGCAGACAGCUAGAGUGCGAGCAGCAGGGCACCAUAAGCAAGAUUACCGACCGAGCCGUCGAAUCCCGCGAAACGGAGAAUAGCGGGUCAGCUCGGAAGGCUCAGCAGACCGCCCAUAGUUCUGCCACAAAACUAGUUCUAGCAUUGCUUAACAAACACUUCCGGAAAAAGAAAUGGCCUACAGUUCAAGACGGGAUUCUGGGUCUCAAUCACAUGAUAUCGCGCAAAGAGGGAUAUUGCGCUACCGUCCUUGAAGAGUUCAAAGACAGCUUAAAGAUUGCUAAGCGUGGCGAUCACGGUCGGGUUGCUAAACUGUACCGCGAGAGGCUGUCGGAAACCCAGAAUUCAUUACCUCGCCUCAAAACCGCUCUAGAACUGUUGGAGCAAGAGGCGGCAGAUGGCCUCGCUCUACAGUCGUGGGAGCAACUCAGACAACGACUAACCCAACGCUCUGCGCGUUCGCCGACGCGGCGGGAGAAGCUACAAGUCGAGGCAGCAGAUCAUGGCAGGGUAAUGACCCUUGCACAUUCUAGUGGGUCCCAUGACGACGCCGCUACGAGCGGGAAGUCUGUUGUUAAUGGCGGCUCUAAGAACGCCUCAGACUUUUCGCUUUCAACACUUCAUCCAUUAUAUCUCCCAUACAGCGUACAAAACCAGCUUCUCAGGAACGUUCUCGACUCAAUGAAGAGGGCGCUCUUCGUGUUCGGGAUGUCUAGAUUCCCCAGGGUGAUGGAGGCACAGUGUUGGCACUGGGCCGCGGCCAUAAAUGUGAUCGCUUACACGCGAAUGUUUCGCCUCUCCGCUAGGAAUGACAUAGCGAAUGGCCGGAGCACCGACGUUCUCAGCUGUCUACCGAAGAAAACGAAGCACGAGCUUCUCGACAUUUUCUUGCCGCUCCAGGGAGAAAUGCGAUCUUUACAAUUGCUUCGCAACGCCUAUGCGCACGAACGACAGUCACUGGAUACUAGCAUGAUCAAAGACGCGCUGAUUGAUAUGAAAACUUUGGCUCAUGCAUUGCACGCUCUAAAGUUGCGCAGGAGGCUUGACUUCUACCAUGAAUGGAUACUUGGAUACGAGUCACGCUACCAAGCACAGAAGAAGGAGCAUGUGGAAGGCGCUCUCCGUGAACUAGACCAGAUAGCUUCAGAGAAGAAGAUGGGCGAAGACCGGUUCCAGAGGGAGAAGGCCAAACUCGAAGAGCGUUUUGCGGUAGAGUCUCGGAAGCUCGCAGACAAGAUUGAGUCCCAGAGACGUGCGCUCCAGGCGAGGGGAAACCGCGUUGUCGAACGCUAUGAAAGACAAGAUCGGCUCACCAGGGACGAGCUCGCUGCGAGCUUAACUAGCAGUCUUACUCCAUCAGGUCUGGGUCUGGAUGAGUUCAUUAAGCUGGCGGAAUCUUUAGGCAUGAGCUUCUCAACAUCAGAACCGUCGGCGGUUGACACUAAGCCCACUUCUUCGGGAGGUUGUGGAAAUUCUAAGCCAGCCGAAGCCGUCCCUCAAACUUCUGCCCAAUUUCAAACCCGCGUAGACGGCGGCACAGAUGUUGGAGGGAACGAAUGCGAUCCAAUAGGAGAGUCUGACGCUCACCCUGACGACACUAGAGCGGCCACCGAGUUAGACACCUUCAGUGCAAUAGACGCAAGGAAAUCAUCAUGUCGUAGGUUGACAGAAGACACUGCAGGAGGAAUGAGGAGACGGCGACCCUGGGUUAGACAGCGUCGUGGACGGUUCUCGUCCCGUUACAGCCCAUUAGCCAAUGCCGCAGCCACGAGCAGGCCCGAGACGCCAACCCAGAAGAAUGCGUCGAAUAAACAUGAUGGCGCAGCUUUUAGUAACUCGAAUGCUCCAGUUUCCGACGACGCGCUACCGGCUACUCGCUCCACCUCAGGCCCACGCCCUACGGAAGCUCGGCGACGCCACAUGAUCGCUCGCUCGGCACUAAGCUCCCCGGGGUAUACAUCGCGCCCAGCCAGACCAUCCAGACCAUCCGUUUGUGACCAUUCAGUCCGACCCAUACAGAGAAAUAGAUGUGCCCCCGCUGCCCACCCUUAUCGAACCCGCCGGACUUCACCAGCAACAGACACACGGACGCCCAUCCGCUACUAUAACAGUGUGCGUGUCAAGUUUCGCAGGGGCAUGGCGAAUCCCAGACCUCGGCAGGUGCGAAGCAACAAGUGUCGUGGGAAGACGUGACCUAAGUCGACUGCACGGAGGCAAACGCUUCGCAUCCAGGCCGGCGCAAAAUCGUCUUCGUGAAUAUCUUCCCCGCCUAAUCCAUACAGCGUACAGGACUGGGGUUUGGAAAAGAAUUACAUUGCGUGUAUCAUUAGCCUUGUAUCGAUAUCCUGGAUGGCCUCAAAAUGGCAUCUAACUACUUUCGGUUUUGUCGUAAUAGAACAAUCGCAUACACUGAUUUGGU